GAGCUCUAAAGUUGGAACCUACAUUCUGAUGAGCGAGCAUUUGCAGUGACAAUUUGCUGCUCCACAUACGAAGGCAUUCUUCGGAAUGCUCUUCGUUGUUUAGGGUUUUGUGUUUCUCUUUCGUUUUAGUUUGGCGGUUUUUCUCUGUUUUCGCUCCAUUUUGGGCGGAUUUUUCAGUGUUUUUGUUCUUAUGGUUCGAUCUCUCGAAGGGCUACUUCUCAAUUGAAGUCGGAUCAAUCAAAGAUAUUCCAAGAUGACGGUAAUUCCAAAGAUAUACAUCAACGAUGGGAACCUGAUGGUUCAUGGGAAGACCAUCCUCACGGGUGUACCAGACAACAUCGUGAUUACCCCGGGGUCCGGCCUUGCUGGGGCUUUCAUUGGUGCCACGUCUCAAGAGAGCGACAGCCACCAUGUCUUCCCUGUCGGGAUCCUAGAGGGACUGAGGUUUAUGUGCUGCUUCCGAUUCAAGCUAUGGUGGAUGACACAUAGGAUGGGUAUGUGUGGGAAGGACGUGCCGUUGGAAACACAAUUCAUGCUUGUUGAAAGCAAGGAUGGCACCCCGCUGAGCGAGGACAUGGAUGUGGGUGCCUCUGAGGAGCUGACCAUCUACACAGUUUUUCUUCCCCUGCUUGAGGGCCAGUUCCGUGCAGCCCUCCAAGGCAACGACAAGAAUGAGCUCGAGAUUUGCUUUGAGAGUGGGGACAAAGAGGUGAGGACCUCUCAGGGACUUCACAUGGUCUACAUGCACGCAGGUACCAAUCCCUUUGAGGUCAUCAACCAUGCAGUGAAGGCUGUUGAAAAGCACAUGCAAACAUUCCUCCACAGGGAGAAGAAAAAGCUGCCUUCUUUUCUGGAUUGGUUUGGGUGGUGCACUUGGGAUGCCUUCUACACAGACGUGACAGCUGAAGGUGUGGAGGAAGGCCUCAAAAGCCUUGCGGAGGGAGGUACUCCUUCUCGUUUCCUGAUAAUCGAUGAUGGGUGGCAACAAAUUGGGAAUGAAGUGAAAGACGCUAAUGUCGUUGUCCAGGAAGGAGCCCAGUUUGCCAGCAGACUGACUGGGAUAAAGGAAAACCACAAAUUCCAAAAGAAUGGUAAGAAUGACCAGGUCCCAGGCCUAAAGCUGGUGGUUGAGGAUGCUAAACGACACCACGAUGUAAAGUAUGUCUAUGUGUGGCAUGCAUUGGCUGGUUACUGGGGUGGAGUGAAGCCAGCAGCAGCUGGAAUGGAACACUAUGAGACUACAUUGGCUUACCCAGUUCAGUCUCCUGGUGUGAUGGGUAACCAACCUGACAUUGUGAUGGAUAGCCUCUCUGUCUAUGGUUUGGGUUUGGUGCCUCCUAAGACGGUCUUCAACUUCUACAACGAGCUGCACUCCUACCUUGCUUCUUGUGGUGUUGAUGGAGUGAAGGUUGAUGUGCAAAAUAUCAUUGAGACUCUUGGGGCUGGUCAUGGGGGCCGAGUAUCUCUCACUCGUGCCUACCACCAGGCACUGGAGGCUUCCAUCUCCCGAAACUUCACAGAUAAUGGAUGCAUUUCGUGCAUGUGCCACAACACUGAUGGUAUCUACAGUGCUAAACAGACAGCUGUGGUGAGAGCAUCUGAUGACUUCUACCCAAGAGACCCUGCUUCUCACACCAUCCACAUCUCCUCUGUCGCCUACAACACCCUCUUUCUUGGUGAAUUCAUGCAGCCUGACUGGGACAUGUUCCAUAGUCAACAUCCAGCAGCUGAAUACCAUGGUGCAGCUCGGGCAGUGGGAGGCUGUGCCAUAUAUGUCAGUGACAAGCCAGGCAUUCAUAACUUUGACCUUUUAAAGAAGUUGGUCCUUCCUGAUGGCUCUGUCUUGCGAGCCCAGUUACCAGGAAGACCGACCCGAGACUGCAUCUUCCAUGACCCAGCUCGUGAUGGAACAAGCCUGCUUAAGGUGUGGAACAUGAACAAGUGCACGGGCGUGGUGGGUGUGUUCAAUUGCCAGGGUGCAGGGUGGUGCAAGGUGGAAAAGAAGGUUCGUAUCCAUGACUCCACCCCUGUCACCCUCACUGGCACUGUGCGUACUCGCGAUGUUGAUCUCAUUUCCCAAAUUGCUGGCCCUGACUGGAAUGGCGAGGCUGUGGUUUAUGCACACAAGAGUGGGGAGGUGAUCCGUCUGCCAAAAGGAGCUACUAUUCCAGUCACCCUCAACGUCCUUGAAUAUGAGCUCUACCACAUCUGUCCCCUAAAGGAGAUAGCACCAAACACAUGGUUCGCACCAUUUGGGCUGUUGGACAUGUUCAACUCAGGAGGGGCAGUCGAGCAAGUGGAUGUUAAGAAACUAGAAGGAAGUGAGCAAUUUGAUGGGGAGGUGGCAGACUUGGGCAUGGCAGUGAGCCCUCUGAGCGAGGGGCGGACAGAGGCAGCAGUGGUGACCAUGACGGUGAGAGGGUGCGGGCGGUUCGGGGCCUACUGCUCCCAGAAGCCUCUUGGAUGCAAAGUGGACUCUGUUGACACCCUAUUUGAGUACGAUGCCCCGAAUGGUCUUCUUACUCUUAGGAUCCCAACUCCUGACAAGGAAAUGUACAGAUGGAACCUUCAAAUCAAUGUCUAAGGGUUAUCAUCUCCCUCUAGCCUCCAAGUUCACCCAUAGCUAUUGUCUCUUCACCCUAUCUAUUACCAGCCUGCUUAUCAACCUUUGAUGUCCUCUUAACUCUCCCCCCUAUCAUUGGCCUUGGAAUCGACUUGUAGACUCUUCCUAUGACUAGCUUCCAAAUCUACCUUAUCUACCUAUGAAUCCUCUCUCUUAACUGUCACCAUUUCUCCCUCUCACUUGGAUCCACCUCUGGGGUGGUUCUCUUUCUUAUGUAAGUGUGUUGGGUUGUGGAGCCGUUGGAGUAAGUUGGGGUGUGAUGAAUGUGCUGUUUGAGUUUUUGGGUGGUGCGAGUUUGUUGGGGUUGGUGUGAGGGAGUAGGGUGGGUGUAAUAUGUAGAUGCUAAAAGAGUGUGUAUUCUGGGGCUCUAAUAAGAACCUGUGCCCAUGCCAACGGUUAUCCUGGCCCUGGGGCCUUCGGCAUUUUAGCUGUGUACUUACUUUUAGUGUUUUAUUGGAAUAAAGUGGAGUUGUUCAUCUGC